AUGGACGUCGCCCGUACGUCCAUGGUGCAUGCGGCUGCCCCCCAUUUUCUGUGGCCGUUUGCGGUGAGGUACGCCGCGCAUCAGAUCAACCUUCAGCCCAGGGUCUCCAGACCGGAGACCUCCCCAGCUCUGCUGUGGACGGGGAAGGUUGGCGAUGCGUCGGCGUUCCGUGUCUGGGGAUCUCGGGCGUUUGUCCGCGACUUGUCUGCGGACAAGCUGUCCCCUCGUGCUGCUCCUUGCGUCUUCCUGGGUUUCCCCCCUGACGCACCUGGGUGGCAGUUUUACCACCCCACCUCUCGUCGUGUUCUGUCCUCCCAGGACGUCACGUUCGACGAGUCGGUUCCCUUCUACCGGCUCUUCCCCUACCGCACUCCCUCCCUUCCCCCACCGCCCCUCUUCCUGGUCCCAGGUCCCCCCCCGGUAGACCCCCUCCCCCCUCAGGGUCCUGCCCCUUCAGGUGUGUCUCAGGUAGACGCGGUCGAGCCUGUUGAGGUCACUGGUGACUCUGGAGCUGCUGCGGGUGCGGAGCCUCGGGGUGCUGAGCCUGGGGGUGCUGAGACUGGGGGUGUUGAGCCUGGGGGUGCUGAGCCUGGGGGUGCUGCGACUGGGGGUGCUGAGCCUGGGGGUGCUGCGACUGGGGGUGCUGAGCCUGGGGGUGCUGAGCCUGGGGGUGCUGCGCCUGGGGGUGCUGCGACUGGGGAUGCUGAGCCUGGGGGUGCUGAGCCUGGGGGUACUGCGUCUGGGAGUGCUGCGCCUGCUGCUUCUCUUCCUGGUGGUUCGAGCCGCGAGCCGCUCUCUCCUCUGGAGCUGCGUGAGUGGUUUGCCCGGCGCUGGAGGCGCGCUGCUGGAGCUGGGGGUGGUGCGGGUGCUGGAGGUUCUGUUGCUGCCGAGGGAGCUGGUACCACGGGUCCCGGAGGUGCUCGUACUGCGAGUACUGGAGCUGCCGGGCCCGGGGGUGCCUCUGGAGCUGGAGCUGCUGCGGGUGCUGGCGCUGAGACUACGACUGUCGGUCCUACGGAGGGUACUUCUGGCGCUACUGGAGAUGCUGGAGUUGGAGCUGCUACUGGUGCUGGCGUGCCUCUGGAGGUGUUGGUGCUGUCCCUGCUGUCUCUGGCGGUGCUGCACGGCCUCGGCCGUACUUCGUUCCACUCCUCCAGCAGGUUCUUGUCACCGUUACAGCCCGCCUCUCCCCUGCCUUCUCCUUCUCCCUACACUGGUCCUACUGGAGGUCUUACUGAGCGUCGUGAGCCUGCGUCCCGCCCUGCGUCGCCAGUCCGGGCUGCUCGCCCUAGUGGUCGCGGUUCGCGCCAGCGUCCUCCUCCUGUCCCUGGCACACACCAGAUGUCUCUGCGUCCGUCCACUGCUCCUCUGCGUGCCCCUUUGCCUUCUCCUCCUGAGUCUUCUCUUCCUACUCUUGCCGACCCGGAGUCGGACUCUCGCCGUGCUGCCAGGCCUACUGUCACGCGUCUUCUUGCUUCUCUUGUCACUGACCCUUCCUUUGAGUCCGCUGCUGCGUCUGCCCUAGUUGCGGAGCUGGUCGACUUUGCUGCUGCGUGUCGUUUAGACUACGCUGCCAGUCUUGUUGCUGAGUCUGCUAAGUCUGCGGAGUCUGCCUCUGCUGCAUCUGCAUCUGCCUGUCCUCCGUCCGUCGGGGGUGACUGUGCUCUUGGCACGGACGUCCUUGAGGACAGGCAGGAGGAGUUUCAGUGCUUUGCUGCCACUUUGCCCCAUCUCGUGUCCAUGCUUGUUGCCCCUGAGGGAGACCCGGAUGCUCUAGACAUCCCGACCCCACGCUCUUACGUGGAGGCGAUGGCCGGUCCCUACUCCUCUCAGUGGCAGUCAGCCAUGGACGCAGAGAUGGCUUCCUGGAAGUCCACAGGCACCUACGUUGACGCUGUUCCCCCUCCUGGGGCGAACAUUGUCAGUGGCAUGUGGAUUUUCAGGGUGAAGCGGCCGCCGGGUUCUCCGCCUGUCUUCAAGGCGCGCUACCGUGACUACGAGCUACACUCUCUUGACUUCAGCACUGCUUUCUUGCAGAGCCGCCUGCACGAGGAGAUCUGGCUGCGCCGCCCUCCUGGUUUCACUGGGUCGUUCCCUCCUGGUACCCAGUGGAGCCUCCGGCGGCCAGUCUACGGUCUCCGCCAGGCGCCGCGCGAGUGGCACGACACACUGAGGACUACACUUGCGGCUCUUGGGUUUGCUCCUUCCACUGCUGACCCGUCGCUGUUUCUGCGCACCGACACCUCGCUGCCGCCGUUCUACAUCCUCGUGUACGUCGACGACUUGGUCUUUGCCACUGCUCACACUGCCGCACUCGCUCACGUGAAGUCCGAGCUGCAGAAGAGACACACGUGCACAGACCUGGGUGAACUGACAAGCUAUCUUGGCUUGCGGAUCACCCGGGACAGAGCACGCCGCACCAUUACCCUGACUCAGUCACACAUGGUGCAGCAGGUCCUUCAGCGCUUCGGCUUCACGUACUCCUCGCCUCAGUCCACUCCUCUGCCUACGGGACACUCGCUCUCAGCUCUGCCUUCGGAUGAGUCCGUAGAGUCGAGUGGUCCGUAUCCAGAGCUUGUGGGCUGCCUCAUGUACCUGAUGACCUGCACUCGACCUGACCUCGCAUACCCUCUCAGCAUCUUAGCACGCUAUGUCGCUCCCGGCCGUCACCGGAAGGAGCACAUGGAUGCAGCUAAGAGGGUGUUGCGCUACUUGUGCAGUACGUCGGGCAUGGGGCUAGUGCUUGGAGGGCGUGAGCGGCCUGUGCUCACUGGGCACUCAGACGCUUCUUGGGCUGACGACCAGGCUACUCAGAGGUCGUCUCAGGGUUACACCUUCAGUCUUGGCUCUGGCUCUGUCUCUUGGCGCUCUACUCGCUCUUCUUCGGUUCUCAGUUCCAGUUGUGAGGCUGAGAUCUACGCCACGGCCAUGGCUGCCCAGGAGCUUCGCUGGCUCACCUACCUGCUGACUGACCUUGGAGAGCGGCCUCGUUCUCCUCCAGUGCUGUACGUCGACAACAAGGCAACCAUUGCCUUGUGUCAGGAGCACAGACUGGAGCACAGGACGAAGCACAUUGCUCUGCGCUACUUCCUUGCUCGAGAGCUGCAGCAGCGUGGUCAGCUUCGCCUGCGUUUCGUGGCCACUGAGGCCAACACUGCUGAUGUGUUCACCAAGGCACUUUCGCCUCGUGACCAUCAGCGCAUUUGUACUCUGCUAGGCCUUGUGCCCACUGGGCCUCACUUGCUUACCUCUUGA